ACCAUUCACUCAUUCUGAAAGCAACAGAGAUUAGCCUUUCACCCAACACGAAUCCCAUAGCUUGAGGUCGCUCGAUCGUCGGGUGCAGCAGCCGCUUGUUGGAGCCUGCAGGAAGCAGGAGGAAGAGCAGUGGUGGUGUAGCCAUGGCGCAGCCGCAGCCGAGAAGGGAAGACCAGGAGCUGCGCCAGGCGCAGCAGGGCAGCAAGGCCCCGCAGCAGGAGCCCAUCAAGUACGGCGACGCCUUCGCCGUGAAGGGCGAGCUGGCCGCGCAGCCCAUCGCGCCGCGCGACGCGGCGGCCAUGCGGUCCGCCGAGGACAGCGUGCCGGGCGUGCAGGUCCCGCAGGAGAGCGGCGGCGGAUUCAGCGCCGCGGCCUUCAUGGAGUCGGCGGCCCAGUACAACGAGGCCGUCGGCGCCGUGCGCCCCGGCCAGGCCAGCGACGCCGCCGCCAAGCACGGGAUCAACGUCACCCAGGACGCCGUGCCCGGCGGGCGCAUCGUCACCGAGUUCGUCGCAGGCCAGGUUGUAGGGCAGUACGCCGUCGCCGAAGCGGCGCCGGCGCAACCGGACGCGGCGGGGGCUAACAACAUGGCCACCGGCGGCGCGGGCCAAGGUGACGCUGGCGGAGCUCCCGGAGCGCGCGGCGGGCCAGCGUCGGCGAGGGGCAACUGAGAUGUCGCUCCUACAUAUGUAAUCAACAUGUUCCGGCCCAGCGUAUGAAGAACUCAUCAUGUGACUGCACAGUGUCUGGACAGACCGAUCUACGCAGUAGCUAGUGCUUAGUAGAAGCUUGUUGUGUAUCAGUUUGGCGAUGUAUUCAACUGUGUACUGAAAUAAGCAGCAACGGGGUGACUGCCACUGCCAUUUUACCCUACCCCAUAUCGUUACUUGCUU